AUGGGCGUCACCGGCUUGCUCCAGCAGCUCAAGCAGAUCCAGGAAACCACGUCGCUCUCCAAAUACAAAGGGAAAACGCUUGCCGUGGACACGUACGGCUGGCUCCACCGGGGGCUCAUUCUGUGUGCGCAGGACCUCUGCACCGACGCGCCGACGCGCGGCUACAUCACGUCGGUGAUGAAGAAAGUGGACAUGUUGCUCCAUUUCGGCGUGACGCCAGUGAUGGUGUUUGACGGGUCGCCGCUUCCGACCAAAGAAGGCACACACGUGGAGCGCCGGCUCAAGCGCGAAAAGGCACGUGCGCAGGCGCAGGCGUUGGUCAAGCGCGGCGACCGCAAGGCCGCGUGGAAGGAGUACAUGAAGGCGGCGGAGGUCACGCCGGAAAUGGCCAAGUCCGUGAUGGUGGAGCUCGACCGCCGCCACGUGCGGUACGUGGUGGCGCCCUACGAGGCCGACCCGCAGAUGGUGUACUUGGAGAAGACCGGCGCCGUGGACGGCAUCUUGUCCGAGGACCUGGACUUGCUAGUGUUUGGCUGCACGCGGCUCAUCACCAAGCUCAACGACUACGGCGGGUGCGUGGAGAUCUGCACAGGCAACUUGCACAAGGUGCCGCGCAUGCUGCUCCACACGUACACGCCGGCGCAGUGGCGGCUCGUGGCCAUUCUCUCGGGCUGCGACUAUACCAAGGGCGUCCCGGGCGUGGGGCUCAAGACCGCGUUCAGCCUCGUGCUGCGGCUCGGCGAUCUCGCCCGCAUCGUGGCUGCGCUUCGUGCGGACAACAAGCCCGUCCCGGACGACUUCAUGGACGAGGCCUUGAGGGCGGACCUCGCGUUCCAGUACCAGAAGGUGUUUGACCCGGCCACGCAGGCCUUGACCACGCUUUGCGCCGUUGCGCCGGACGCCGGCCUCGACAUGCACAUGCUCGAGCUCUGCUGCGGCCGCCGCUUGGCCCCGCACGUCCACGCGGGCAUCUGCGCGGGCAAGCUCCAUCCGUCCUCGCACAAGCCGCUCGUUUCACGCGAGCAGAAUUUGCUGGUGGCUCGCAGCCAUUCGGUGAACGCCAUGCCCGCGGCCUUCCGGGGCAGCACCACCACCACCGCCAGCAAUACCAGCACCAGCACCGCUCAGGUUCGAAAACCCCUCUCCAGCUCGAGAUCCAUCGAGAGCUUCUUCCAGAGCUCAAGGCCCGUGUUGAAGGCGCCCGCCUCCACGGCGCCACGACCGGCUGGUGCCUUGAAAAGACCCGGCGACCCGGCCUCGCAACUCUCGCCCAGCAGCAAGAAGCUCCGGCGCUUCCAGAGCGUGCCGAGCCCCGGCGCCGGCGGCUCCACGCAGAGCAAGUUCUUCAGCUCCAGCCAGCCCAUGCUCCCGCCGGUUGCUGUGCCGCGCGCCUGCCCCGGAGACGACGCUGACACAGGCUUUCUCACAGGCGACUCCGAGGUUCCCGAGUCGUCGUCCCCCAUCCGGACCGGGGCCGCCGCAGGACUGGCCGGCUGUGAUACCGACGACGACGGGGACGCCGCCGACGCGGAUGAUGGCUACGAGAACGAGAUCGACGAGUCCCCCAUCAAAACUGAAAGAAUCAGUCUUCUGUGGCGCCAGAGGUUCGCCAUGGCCGCACCGGGCGGAGAAGACGCCUGUGCGUUUCCAAGCCCGAAGCAGACUUGUGUGAAAGCAGCGGCGGUGAAGGUCCAGCUCACUCCGACAAAGAAUGUGCGAGCAGACCGCGGCUCGGCCCCAGAGGUGGAUGAUGCGCAGUCGCUUGACGACAGCCCCGUCAGCUCUCCGAACCCGCAGACCCCGGAGCAUGUGCUCGAGAAGCGCAUGCUCGCCGAAGACAGCUCCCAGCUCAAGUCCCUGCAGCCGACCUGUGUCAGCGAGAUCGAUGAGGACUUGGACGUCUCGCCGGUGCGUACUGCUCUCGUGCUGCCGAAGCGCAAGCCUGCCUUGAAGCUUCUGCGCUUUGCCUUUACUGGCCGCUGA